UCAGAAAUCAUGACCACUGUAUAUAAUGCAAAUUAGAUGGGCUUGUUUUUGCCUCCCAUUAUAUGGAUUAAAGUGAUGCCACAUGGAUAAGUGAUGUCACCGAGUGGUAGAUUUAAACAUUGUUCAUAUGCGACCAGCUCAAACUAGUUUCGGGAAAAAAAGUAGGACGACACAGUAAACGCAAGCUGUAGUCUGGGUGCGGAAAGCAAACGACUACACAACCGGUAUAGUGAUUUGACUGUGAAGUUGCCUGUUUGUGAGAAUGAAAAUGCAAGGUGUGUUCUCAAUGACACUUGUGCUGCUUGUGGCCUUGAUGGUCACAGCAGAAGCAGCACACAAACAUGGUGACAAAAAAGGUCAGAAAGCCAAAGAGGGGGGCAAAGCAGAGUGUGCUGAGAAGCGCUUUGGCAAAUGUGUGCCCAAUGCUGGUGACUGUGGAGAUGGGUUCCGUGAGGCCACCUGCAGUGAGCACACCACCAAACACAAGUGCAAUAUCCCCUGCAACUGGAAGAAGGCCUUUGGUGCUGACUGCAAGUACAGGUUCACCAAUUGGGGUGAGUGUGACACGACCACCGGCACCAAGAGCCGGUCAGGAACCCUGAAGAAAGACAUGUUCAAGUUAGACUGCGAGGCCACCAUCACGGUGACCAAGCCAUGCUCCUCUAAGCCCAAGGGGAAGGGAGGAAAAGGGAAGAGGACAGAGUGACAACUAAAGAGUGAAGCUUGAGGACUGACUGAGACACAGCAGGUGUGACUUCUGGCUUACUUCAGCAGCACAAUCGUCACCCUCCUUUGCCAAACACUCAGCCAGUGUCUCUGACUGUGUCCAAAAAUGACACCCUAUCCGUUAUAUAGUGCACUACUUUAGACCAGAGGGCCCUGGUCAAAAGUAGUGCAAUAUAUAAGGAAUAGGGUGUCAUUUGGGAUGUAGCAUCUGUCUCUGCCGCUAAGCGCUUUGUCCUUCUCAAAACAACAACAACCCAACAAUCUCUGUCUAUACUCUCAUGUUCAUGUCUUUUCACGAAAACAAUAUUGUUAUGUGUUUUUAUUUGUUUUAAGGGUUAAAAAAAAUCUUUACAUUCUUUUCAGUAGGAAACUUGACAUAUAAGUCAGUCUUCAUAGUUUUAGGCCAUCCUAUGAUUCUUCUUAACAGAAAGUGUAAAGAACUCAACUUCUAUUGAUAGUUGUAAUAAAGCUAUAGUUACAAAAUUAAACAUAAACAUAAACACUAUGAACAAAAUGAUAAUAUUUCUUCAAUGAUCAUGAAUGUCGUUGACCAUGUUCCAAGAAGCUCAAAAAUACAUAUUUUAGAAGAUUUUAGAGGAAUCGUUUUUGUAUGUGGAUAUGUGUACUGUCUAUAUCCUGGAAACAAAUAUUAGAAUUCUAUGGAACAAUGGAACUCCUCUGCAAAAUGUAUUUUUGAACUAUAGAAAUGACUGGAAUUGCAACACAAGGUUUGUAUAAAAUAAUAAAAUACUGUACUGUU